CUCUCCGCGCUUGCUUGCUUCCCCCGCUUGCACCUGCCGCCGCCGCCGCCGGCGCCAUGGACUUGGUGGGGGCCCUGGACGUGGGCGACCUGGCCGCCGCCUUCGCCCGCCUGCCCGUCUUCCCGGUCUUCGACCUGGGCUACUUCGUCGUCUCCAUCCUCUACCUCAAAUAUGAGAAAGGUGCCGUGGAACUGUCCCGCCAGAGCCCCUUCGCUUCCUGGGUCUGCGCGAUGCUCUACUGCUUCGGCAGCUACAUCCUGGCCGACCUGCUCCUGGGAGAGGCCCCCGUCGACUACUUCAGCAACAACGCCAGCGUCCUCCUGGCCACGGCGGUCUGGUACUUGACUUUCUACUGCCCUCUGAACAUCUUCUACAAGUGCGUCAGCUUCCUGCCGGUCAAGCUGGUCUUCGUGGCGAUGAAGGAGGUGGUCAGGGUCCGCAAGAUCGCUGCCGGGGUCCACCACGCUCACCACCAGUACCACAACGGCUGGCUCGUCAUGGUCAUUGUCGGGUUCGUCAAAGGAUCUGGAGUCGCUCUCAUGUCCAACUUCGAGCAGCUGCUGCGAGGCAUCUGGAAACCGGAAACAAACGAGCUCUUGCACAUGACCUUCCCCUCCAAAGCCAGCUUGUACGGAGCGUUGCUUUUCACCCUGCAACAAGCUCACUGGUUGCCUGUCUCCAAAGCCACCCUCAUAUUUUUCUUCACCCUCUUCAUGAUCGUUUGUAAGGUCUUCAUGACAGCGACCCACUCCCACGGCUCGCCCUUUGCCCCCUUCGAAGGGGUCGCCUGCCCCAUCCUUUUCGGCUCCGUCCCCGCCGGGCACCACGACGACCACCACCACCACGGCGGAGGGGGCCACGAGCUGCCCCCUCCUCAGCCCCCCCAGCUGCCGGCCAAGUCACGGGAGGAGCUGAACGAGGGCACGAGGAAGAGGAAGGCCAAGAAGGCCGAGUGAGGGCCCCCCCACCCCCCGAGGAGGGACUCCACGGCUGACUCCUGCUGUCUGACCUUUGCUCGCCCAUCUGGGCUGGAUGGGGGGGCUCCUCAGGACACAGAGGCUGCUCAAGGACCCCCACCUCGAGAAAAACAAGGACCCUUUUCUGCAACGGCAAGCCCACCCUCACGCUUCCAUCCCCCUUCUUGAUCCCAUGGAAGAGACUCUGGUGCGCUUGGGGGGGGCUUUGGAAUCCAGCCGGACCCCCCGCCCCAUCACAAGGGUCAAUGGCUCGUCUCCACUGUUCCACUCGUGUGCCAUUGCUGUGCCGGUGUGUGUGUGUGUGUGUGUGUGUGUGCCCUCCCCAGAGCCAGCUGCAAUUGCAGCAGCGGGGAGAAGCCCAGCCCAGCUUCCAUGCAAAGCCCUGGGGCGAGAGGGGGUGGCUCCGAGCCCCGAAUCCCACCUAAAUUAUCUAUUUAUUGAUCCGUUUUUUGCUGCUCGGGGAAUUUCAGAGCUGCCCUUUCCACCUCUCGGUUGCCCCUCCUUGCCGCCAGUAGGAAUAAUAAUAAUAAUAAUAAUAAUAAUAAUAAUAAUAAUAAUAAUAAUAUAUUUUUACCUUACCCAUCCGGCUGGGUUUCCCCAGCCACUCUGGGUGGCUCCCAACAGAUCAAAAACAGAAUAAAACAUCGGACAUUAAAAACUUCCCUAAACUUCCCUUCCGACGUCUUCUCAAAGCCCGUUCGUUGUUUAUUUCCUUGACAUCUGAUGGGAGGGCAUUCUGCAGGGCAGGCGCCACCACCGAGAAGGCCCUGUGCCUUUGGGCAGCCUCACCCACUGGGUGCUCAGCGGAGCGCAUUUCAUAGAGCUGCAGAGUGGGAAGGGACCCCGCCGGUCAUCUAGUCCAACCCCCCCUGCAACAUAGGGAUACGCCGCUGACCGGUUCAGGGAUCGAACCCGCAACCUUGGCAUUAUUGGCACCGCGCUCUAACCUGCUGGUGAACUUCUGCAGAAAACCUGCAGAAUAACCCCGGGCCCGACAUGUGAAUCGCAGAGGGGCCUCUGAGCGUACGCAGAGUGCCUCGCGCCUCCUCCUGCAUCCCCGGUCUUAAGAGAGCGCGGCUGAGGGUCGGCUGGGUCCCAGGACGACGCCAACCGGGUUUUCCUGGGCUUGGGUGGUGGGACUCAGACCUUGGCAGGGGAGCGGGCAAGAUAACUGGCUGCCCCGGCCCCAAACGGAAGGCCGGGGGUGGAGACCCCGACCCCUUCCUCGGUUGCUCUGAAGUGCCCCUUCCGUGGCGUGAAAAGGAGGCACCCCUGGGCUCCCCACAAGAAAGUGCCUUUCUCCCGACACCCCUCACUCACCCAAAUGCCUGGUGGGCACCGUGCAAGAUUUGAAGUGUGGGGAACACGGCCGACCUGGGAAUAAAGGGCCUCUGGGAAGUGA